CUCGUGCGAGCGCGGGAGCUGCGAGUCCCGGCUCCGAAUAAGGGCGGCUCCGCAAAGCCGAAGGCCAGCCCAGGUCACGCGAGCGCGGCGCACUCUACUCUCGAGCUCAGGCACACACGAGGCAAUUGCCGAAUCGAAGCAGCGAGAGGGGUGACAAAAGGGACCGCGCCGCCUGCGCGAAGAGGUGCAACGCCUGCCUGUGCUGCGGCACGUCUGGCCCGAGGCAGCGCUUGCUCCAUGCCUGCCAAGGCCCGCGCACCCUCACCCGCGCUUGCUUUGCUCUCAUGCCACGGCGGGGCGCUCGGGCGCGCGGGGCCGAGGAGAGAGACGAUGCGCCGUGCAGGACAGCGUAGGGAGGCCAGGCUGAGCGCGAGGGGUGCAAGCGGCGAGCUUUGAUGAGGAGCUUCAUCGCCGGAGCAUGGCAGGGACCCUGCCGCUGCCGCUGCGUGCGUGCGAGGCAGCCGCUUCAG